AUGCAGGCAGAAUUUGCUGAUCGGGCUCAGCGACACAAACCACGUCAGUUGUUGCCCAUAUUCCACUUCCAUUUCGGGUUCCCCAAGGAUAUCUUCCGUGCCAAGCGAGUCGCGAGUCCUGGUCCCGUGCCAGACGAAGUCGAGAAGACUUCAACCACUCUGAAAUCGAAACCGACAACAUGGAAUCCGAUCUGGCUGCACACGAGCUUUCUUCUAGCAACAACAUUGACCUUCGUUGCUCUUAUUUCAGUGCUGCUGCUCUUGCUACAUGUGACCAAACAACAUGACGGCCUAGGACUUCGGACCUCAAAUCAUUUCACUUGGACGUAUGGCCCGACUGCGGUGCUCACCCUUGUUCUUGCUGCAUGGCGACAGAUCGAUUACUAUUGUAAGGCUCUUACGCCUUGGGACGAGCUGGCUCGAGGAAAUGCUCACCCAUCGCAAAGUGUGCUGCUCGACUACAAGUCGCCCCUACAAGUUAUAAGCUUCUACAACGCGUCGAAGAACAGACAUUUCACCAUUGUUACGACAAUAUUGGGAUUUGUUGUUCUCAAGCUGAUCACACUUGCCUCUACUGGUCUUCUUUUCCCGGAUCCCGUCGCCUUACCCAGCAGUCAAGUUCAGGUCUCAAGAAUCACAAGGCUGGACGGUUCACUCUAUGAUGCGUCAGCAAAUCAGGGGCUUUUCGACCCGUCAAUUGCAUACACGGCUUAUGCUGCUAUGAGUAAGGGUUUAACUUACGCAGAGGGCACGACUGCUGAGAUGGUUUACGAACAGAUUGGGGAAUUCAGACUGCCGAUACAGGGUCAGGACGCCAACGGAACAGUUAGCGCAGAAGUUCGAGCUCUCGUCCCAACAUACCACUGUGAGAGUGCCCCUGUGACAGUCAACCUUCAGCCUGCAAAUGUGACAGAUUUUCAUCCGCAGGACACCCUCCAAUUGUUGUUCCCAGAGUGUACUUUGCGAGCAGACGGGAAAGGCACGCCGGUCUAUGCCCUCAAUCCUCAGACUUUCGUUUGUCCGGAACGUCAGCUGAGUCCUCUAGUACAACAAAUUGAUUGCAACACGCAUACGUCUCUUGGGGGUCAAGAUAAUUGGCAGCUAUUGACCCUGAUAGACUUUCGCUACAAUCAAACGAUCGCCAAUGCGAGCGACUUGGCUUUGGGAGAUCCAGUUACGGCAACAGCUUGGUCUACAGCCGUGGCACAAAUGACUGGCAUAGCUUGCAGGUCGGGGUUCUCGGUCGAAAGCAUUCAAUUAUCUUAUGACCUUGAGAGUGUUCCUCGACGAAUCCGGACGACCCGCACAGGCAACAGCAAUGGGACCAUGCCGGGGAAUUUCACAGCUUUUGAUCUCGGCGUCCUGACCACUUCGGCUCUCAGUGCCAGCGCAGACAUGUUUGGUAAUCUGGUGGAUAACCAGAACGUUCUGGAGUAUCCUAAUGUCCUUUUUAAAAUGAUGGCAGCAAUGAUUGGCGGCACAUAUGAAGAUUUGCUGAAUGAAACUACAAUGGUCGCAGCUGCGGAAAAGGUUCUGCAACAAAUUGCCCUUCAGUCGGCCGCUAAAUACAUCAUCAGCAAUGACAACACUACUCUCCCAGGUACCUUUCUUCGACAGGAAGAGAGACUCCAGAUCAGCGACUUGUCGCUCUGGAUUAUGGUCUCUGGCUGCGUCGUAAUGGCUUUGUUGACAUUAAGCCUCCUCUGGAAGAGACCGAAGAAUCCGUGUCUCCACAAUCCUGAAGCCCCAAGCAGGACUGCAGAGCUCUUAACCUAUAGUAUUAAUCUCAGGGCAACGUUGAGGGGGGUCGGUCUCGGUGGAGAUGACGAGCUUCAUGCCAAGCUUCAAGGCUUCAGAUUCAGUGCUGAGUCUCAAGGAGAUAAUGACGAUGAGCGUCUCAUCUCUAUCUCACUAUCAAGCCCGGUUCGUUCUCCAGACGACAAAGACAAUAACAAUGUGGCUGGAAAUGAUGAGACGAUAUGGUGGAGCCCUCUGACCCUCAAACUUCCAGUUGUCAUCAUCAGCCUGGUUCUGCCACUGAUUGCCCUUGGAGCACUCGAGGUCAUACAGCAGAUUUCAGACAAACACCAUGGAUUCGUCGCUGUCCAGGGAUCGAGCAGCAUGUCCAUCACCAUAUACACCCGGUUCCUCCCUGCUUUGUUGAUGUUUCUAGUCGCAACUAUGGUCAAUGCUCUCGAUUUCAACAUUACUGUUUUAGCACCAUACAACGCGCUCCAUUCCAAAGUUGGGGCUUCGGCAUCGAGAAGUAUCGCGACAUCAAAUCUUGGUUGUCUGCCUCCACUUGCCAUCUGGAACUCGCUACGACACCGUCAAUGGGGAACUGGACUUUCCGUGCUUGCCAGCCUCAUCGCAAGUGUUCUUACUAUUGUGGUUUCCGGCCUCUAUACUGUUGAUAACCUUCCCCUGACUCGGACAGUCUCUUUGAACCGCUCAGAUACGUUCGAUACGAAAUGGGUCAAUAGUGUCAAGAAUGACGGCUCCGCAGCCGUUGUAGCAAGCUUGACGGAAAGUCUGGGUCUGGACUAUCCGCAAUUCACAUAUGGGGAACUAGCUCUGCCUUCCCUGAAACCUGUUGUGUCUACGAAAGGUGGUGUUGACACGAACGCCACUCUACAGAUUCAACUUCCCGCCCUGCGCGGCGAUCUGGAGUGUGUGGAACUGACUAGAGAUAUGGUGAAUGUGUCAGCAAGUUAUAAUUCCAGGAUCGAGACAGCUCAGGCCUCGGUCUAUGCUACGGUGCCUUUGCCGCCAGCGUGUUCCCGUGGUGGCCCCAACGGUACGGCAAAUUCCAUUCAGCUCAGUAACACCUUUACGUUGAGGGGGAACUCAAGUUUCGUUGGCAAGCUCUUGGAUCUACACGUCGGUCCAUUUGAUCCAAUACAGGCUUCUAGCUUUGGCGAAAUUUCGCCAAACACACAGCCAGAUAACCCUCCUGGAUGCCCGUCUCUGGCUUUGAUCUAUGGAUAUGCAGACGUCAACGCCGAGUCAAAGACAGCAAUGACGACCUUGAUGUGCUAUCAGUACAUCGACCAACUACAAACGAACGUGACUUUUACCUGGCCGGAUCUCACCAUUGCCACAAGUCAACCUCCCGUGGUGAAUGAAUCUUCCACAGAACGACUCCCCAGCGGCAUGAACGGCGAGACGGCGUUCCAGUUCCGGUUGCAACUGCACAUGGACGAUGAGUUCUCCUCUUUCAACCAAACAGGGAACAGUACUGCUACACUGGCGGAGAGCUCACCCCCAUUGGACCAUUUCUUUCAAGGCGUCGUCUUCGGGAAGCAACCGCUCGAAAUGUCUGUUCUGGCAAGCACCCACGAAGCAGAUGUCUCCCAGGUCUACGGUGGCAUCCGUGGCUUUUACCGGCGGUACAUGGCGCAGGCCAUAUCAAGCAACAUGCGAGUUCCCAGCGAAACUUCGGCCGAGGACUCCGCAACGAGUCCUGCAAACCGCACAACCGUGACGGGCACGCUCCUGGACGCGACCUCCCAAGCUCGGAUCGUCCAAGACCGCACCGCGAAAAUCAUCCUCCAGGUCCAGCUGGGUCUCAUCUUUGCGCUUGCCUCGCUCGCCGCAUACUGUUCCAAGCUGCACGAGCUGGUCCCUUUCAACCCGUGUACCAUUGCCGGCGUCGCGACGCUGUUUGCAGGGAGUCGAAUGUGCGACCCGGACGACCCUGUUGGCCAACGCGUCAUGGGAAACGGUGGCCGGGGACUGUCCGACGGCUGCUAUCGAUAUAGACUGGGAUGGUGGGACAUUGGACAUGGACUUGGAGGAGAGCCACAUAGAUGGUACGGCAUUGACGCGAUGGACCGAGACGACGAAGAAAGUCCGUAG